UUAUUAAAACGUCUCCAUUUUACAUACACUCUUGCUCAGUAGAAUAUAUUCUAUAGAAGCAGGUCGUUGGCUCUUGCAUUUUUUUCCUCAAAAGUCAUUGCUGAAUCCAUUCUACAGCUUUGAUUGUUCCAUCUUAUUUUGCGACUACAGGAAAACGUCACUGUCACAGUAUGGAGGCACAAGGCAAGGUGAUCGCAAUUCCGAAGUCCAUAGAAGACAUCGCCCCCUACUGGGUGCAGAAGGUACUGCAGCGCGACCUCCCCGGCGUCACCAUCUCUGACGUCGACGUGAAAGGUUCCAUCUGUGACGGCGAGGGCUUCAUGAGCGAAAUCGUCGCAUUCGACGCCCGGGGGACCAGGGACGGCAAAAGUCAGCGCUACAACCUCGUCGCCAAGAUGACGAAGUUCACGCGACCGUUGGCGACAUCCAACGCCCUUGAAGACGACAUCCAAGGUCAUCUCAACUUGGAGAGGGCCGAAGUCGGCCUGUACUCUGUUGUCGUCCCAGAACUUUUAUCUGCGACCACAGAAAGCUCCAAGAAAAAGGCGCAAGACAAAGAUGAAGGAGGCCACCAUCCUACUGAUUUGUUCUUUGUCGCAAAAUGCUACUUGGCCGCCGCCGAUCCGAGCUCCAUGGUGUCGGUCAGGGUUCUGGAGAACCUGAAAACUCAGGGCUUCUCCAUCAAACCCGAUCGCCAGGCUUUGAGCUGUGACGAGAUGAUGCUUACAGUCGGCGCCCUGGCGCAACUACACGGCCUGUCACAUCGGCUAGAGCUCCGUACGGGCGUCCCUCUUUCCGAGAAGUACGAUUUUCUGGUAAAGUACACGAUGAAUGCGGACCAAACCGUCGCUUUGUAUCAGAACCCACUGAAGGAAGUCUUAGCGGCCUUUCCUGACCAGACAGACCUUGUAGCUCGUCUGGAGAAGAUAGAUGUACAGUCUGUUCUGGUCGGUGUUUUGAAGAGUCCGAGAGUGAAGGUGUUGAACCAUGGAGAUUGCUGGAUCAACAACAUCAUGUUUAAGUACAAAGGAGACGUCCCCACUGAAGUAAAGCUGGUGGACUGGCAGGGCUUCACGUACUUCCCGCCGACCUAUGACCUGGCCUUGCUGUUCCUGUGUUCCGCGGAUUGGGACGUCUUCCACAUGCACAGGGACGCCAUCUUGGCUCACUACCACCAACAACUGCACAGCACAAUGGAGCAGAACGAUCCCUCAGGUCUACAGAGCUACACCCUGGAACAGCUGAAGGCAGACUUCCGAGCCGACUGUCUGUACGGGAUCAUCAGCCGGGUCAUGCGGAUGGCCAUCCUGCGACCUGACCUGGACUUUCUGCAAAUGGUCCAGGAGAUCAAGGAGUGGGGAGUUCUCUAAAAGAACGCACUAAAAGUACUGUAACAAAAGUAGCAAAAGUUUGUGGUCUGAGAAAAAUGGACAUGUUCGCGGAACUACAUGCGUUCGCGGUGGCAGCAGGUGCAGUAAAGAGAAAGUCGGCGAACUAUUUGUUGACGGUAAUGAUGAAUUCGCUCUAAAUAAUCGACCGUGAAAACCGCAAAUUUAAAAGUACCGCGAAAAAAU